ACCGAUCGAUAAUUUCAAUAACAAACGAAUGUACCAUAGGAAUACCUAUUAAACACGAGUUGUAUUUAGUUCAUAGGAUAUACAAUUACAAUAAUGCCUUUGUAAUAAUAAAAUAAUAUCAACCGUAAAUGGAACAUCAAUCGGAUAUGGGGGCAUAUGGAGAGAACCCUAAUGUUCAGAAUUCCGGAAAUUAUAUUACAAUAAUUCCCGUGGAAUAUUCAAGAAGGGGAUAUCCGAUGCAAGCGGAAUAUCAGUACAACGAAUUCAGGUCGCGAGAAGAAUACUACAGCGUUCAGAGCCAGAAGUUACAAGCUGAAGUAAACGCACACCUAUACUCUGUAUCCCAGAGGCUUCCUCAUUUAUCAUACAGUCCUUUAGGUCGCCAUAAUGAGUGGGACAAACAUGAUCCUCAUAAGCCACUGCAACCCGAUUCCAAAGAGAGUAACAGUUCGGACUCGCUGGAGAAAAGUGUUAUGGGCUCAAACUUAAGCAGCUGCUCUAAUCAGACUGGAACGAGCAGUAUAGCCGCGGGAUCCUUUAGCACAACGGAACCCAUAACCAGUGGAGGCAGCUCAUCUAGCGCAAUCUCACCUCCACUUCCAGGAUCAUCAGGCAGCACAACUUCCUCUUCCACCGUAUCAUCAAACCCCGUGACGUGCGUGUACCUCAUGUCCCGCAUCGCGAUCAUGGUAGAGAUGAGUUCAGAGGAAGUGCCUUCGUGUGUCAACGCGUCGCGGUUCCUGAAUGCUGUGCUGGCGACAGAAGAGCUGGGCAUGACGCAAGCGAGUACGAGGAGUUUGGCGGCGAGCGUGUUCGCGCUGUGGAUGUGCAGUCCGCUAUUAGAAAUUCAAUUAAAGCCCCACCACUGCCCCUGGCGGUUAUGGGCGAGCUGGCAGAAGCUCCUGCACCGCUACGGCCACGGCUCCGAGUCACGCCGCAGCAAAGACCAGCCCGUUCUCAGGUUGCAGCGAAAUGUGUUCUUUCCGAAGCAUUUGGAGGAGGGCAUCAAAGAUUCCCGCAUCCAAGAGUUGCUAUACGAAGAAGCGCGCCAUAACGUGGUGACAGGCCGGUAUCCGCUCGAGAGCGCGCAGGCCGUCAUGCUGGGCGGGUUGCAGGCACGCAUUCAACUCGGACCCUACGACCCGCAUACACACACCGCCAACUUUUUCAGGGAACACCAAGACAAGUAUCUGCCUAAGCACGCGCGCUCUGGGCGGUGGGCGCAGCUGUUACCAGCCGGCCGCAAGGGCAGCCCCGAGGCGAAGCUCCUCGAACAGGCUCAGAGGCCCCCGGCGGCACCGCCGAGGAAGCUGCGCCACAAAUAUUUGGCACACUGUCGGACUACGCCAACAUACGGGGCGGCGUUUUUCCAAGGACAGAUAGAACAGCCUGUCCGCAGCCUCACGAGCUUACUCACGCACGAAGACAUCCCCGUCCUGGUGGCCGUCAACGCUAACGGUGUCUACGUUAUUGAUGACACGGAGAGUACGGUGCUCCUAGGUCUUCUGUACGAAGAGCUGUCGUGGGACAUCGGCCUGCCGUCAGACGACAACGAGGAUUGCCUCCCGUGCCUCUUUCUGCAGUUCAUGGUCGUGGAGAACGGGCUAAGGGUUUCUAAGAUAUUACAGGUGUUUUCGAAACAGGCGAUAAUGAUGGACACGCUAAUAGAACACUUCGCUGGCGAGUACCGCAAGCGACUCGGCCAGGAGACACCUAGCGAUCACGCCAACUACGAAUAUCAUUCUGACUCCGGCAGCAUAUCCCUCCCCCCACUCUCGCGGCCAGACUCCCCGCAGCGGCGGCUCGCCAACAAGCUGUCGCGGCUGGCGCUCGCCACGCACGACGGGCGCGGCAACCUGCUCGGCGGCGCCGGCGACUGGAACACCGGCUUCCACCACCCCAUGCCCUCCUGGAUACUGCCCAAGCACUAG